GUCUUUAUAAGGUUGUGGCAGAUAAAACUCCAUAUGUCAGCAUUGAAGAAAUUACACGAAAAGUUUCUAUUGGGCCAACAAGAUUUGGCCAUCCAUGUUUCUACAGCCCUGAGGAUAUAAAAUUGGCAAACCUUACUAUCAAACAUGGCGAGCAGAUCACCUUCAACUCAGUGGAAGAGGUCAAUGGAACAAUGGCUGUGAACUGUGGCGUGGUCAGAAAUAACCAGUCUCAUUCCUUUACUUUGCCCCUUUCACAAGAAGGAAAAUUCUACGAGUGUGAAGAUGACCAGAUAUACACCCUAAAAGAGAUUGCAGAAUGGAAAAUCCCUAAGUGCAGAAACAGGAUUGUCAAACUUUCCAAUACUUUACCUAUGUGGGACUCCUCUAAUCCACUUCCUGAGAAUUUUGAUGGCUGUUUGAUUCUCACACCUGUCUAUGAAGUGCAGGCAGUAAUGAAAUUUCGAAAGGACAUAGUUCAUAUCCUCUCAGAUCUAGAUGUUGAGGUCAAGGAUAUAACAGACUGUUAUGAUAUUAGCUCUUUCCUUCAGCCACUGUCUUUGGAAGAUGUAUUUGAGAGAACAAGCAAGGAAUUUCCUAUGGUUGCUGAGAUAAUGGAAGGGCCUUCAGGAAGCCAAAACCCAUAUAACUUACUGCAUACAGGGAACGAGAUUGUCAUUUACAAAAAGUACCAGGCAGCAAGAGUCCUAGCCUCUGAGAUCAGAAGUGAUUCCCCCAAAAGACAUUUUUUAAUCCCUAUGAGCUACAAAGGGAAGUUCAAGAGAAGACCUCGGGAGUUUCCAACUGCCUAUGACUUAGAGCUAGCGAGAAGUGAAAAGGAACAGCUUCACGUUGUAGCAACUAAAGCCUUUGACUCACCUCAUAAAGAGCUUUUUUCUGUUUUAGUUGGAGACCAGUUUCUAGUUCAGCAAUGCCAGACUAGUGAAGUUCUGUAUGAGGGAAGAAAGAAAGUCAUAGACGUUUUAGCUUGUGAACAAAUACUAAGUGAUACAUAUAAGAAAGUGCUCCUUCCUAUGUACAUGGAAGGUGGCUUUGUGGAAGUGAUUCAUGACAAGAAACAAUACCAGCUUUCUGAGAUUUGCAAAGAAUUUCGAUUGCCUUUUAAUGUCAAAGUCUCCGUGAGGGACCUUUCCGUUGAGGAAGAUGUCUUGGCUGCCGUGCCUGGUCUGCAGUUUGAAGAAGAAAUCACAGACUCUUACUUGCUGAUCAGUAGCACCAACAAUCCAGUGGAGAGCUGGGAGAUUCCUGUAUAUCGCUUAAACAUGUCGGUCCAUUUGCUCAGCAGAGACGUCCAGACAGUUGUACCUCCUGUGACUAAGACAACAGUGGAAGAGAUCAGCGAAGAGCAAUACUAUAUGGUGCGAAGAUAUGAAAACCAAACCCUUCAUCCACCACCCAGGCCUCCCAAAAAGCCAACAACACUUGCACCAAAACCUGGUUUUGCAGGACCUAAGCAAGGUGUGUCUGACGUACUACAGGCUCCAAAG